AUGAAGAAAUAUUUCGUUUCUUCAUUUUCUUGCCUUACACCUUACGAGGUGACCGACUCGGUUGAUGAAUCAGUCGUGGAGGAUUGGGUCAAUACCGGAGGUAGACCACUCGGCAUAGCUUUUGAACUUCACGGUGAAGUUAUUCUCGCAGACGCAUACAAGGAGUGCAUCCGGUCUGUCACAACAAGUAGUGACGGAAAGAAAACGGAGUUGUUAACGGAUGAAGCUGACGGCGUUAAAUUCAAACUCACUGACGGAGUCGCCGUUGCGGAUAACGGCGUUUUGUAUUUCACAGAUGCUUCGUCCAAAUACAACAUGCGUGACUUCGCUUUUGAUAUCUUGGAAGGGAAAUCUCACGGCAGACUCAUGAGCUUUGAUCCCACCACACGAAUUACACGUGUCCUUUUGAAAGAGUUGUACUUUGAAAAUGGUGUCUCUAUGUCUUCCGACCAAACACAUCUCGUCUUCUGCGAAACACCCAUGAGAAGAUGCAGCAAGUAUAACAUCAAGGAGGAGCGUGUUGAGGUGUUUAUUCAAGGCUUACCCGGUUAUCCUGAUAACGUCCGGUACGAUGGAGAAGGACAUUACUAG